GGCGUUGUUCGUCGCCACUAACUCUACGCGUUCAGUACUGUCAAAACCGCGUAGUGUUUCCUAUCUGUUACCCAUCCUCUCUUCUCGCCUGUCGCGAAAGCCCGUCGAAGAAUACUUAAUCGAAGCUCUGUGAUAAACCGUGACUUUUCGUUAACAACCAUCCGUGCGUGCGAUGAAUUGAUCCCCGUCCGCGCGGAUCACUUCCAACGGGCGUAGAAAACGAUUUCGCAAGCGUUACGUGGGGCGAGGCUCGCGGAACAUCGGGAGGGAACAUGGAGGACUAUCUGCCGAACGAAUACGAUGUCGUCGUCGUUGGCACAGGUAUGACCGAGAGCAUAGUGGCUGCAGCUGCUAGUAGAAUUGGCAAAAGGGUGCUUCAUCUUGACAGCAAUGAAUAUUACGGAGGCCUCUGGGCAACGUUCAACUUCGAUGGCCUGCAGAAAUGGAUUGAGGAUCUGCAGAACUCGAAGAAGAAUGAUGAGAGCCUGGAUAUUGGUUUGGAAGAUGGGGAAAAAUUCCUGAGAACCAGUACUGAAUACUCGACUGUCGAGAACAUAGAGGAGACUUGGUAUAUUGCUGGCGAGGCGGACCUGCCGGUGGUAGUAUCGAAGGACACGCAGACCGAUCACAGUAGUGAUGGGACUGGAAGUGGCGACGAGAAGUCUGACGAGGAUAAAGCUGAAAAAAAGGAGAACGUGAAGCAGUGGAGCGUCGAUAGAAUCAGAAAGGAGUAUAGGAAGUUCAAUAUAGAUUUGGCGCCGAAGCUGUUAUUUGCGAGAGGCGAGCUGGUGGAGUUGUUGAUCUCCAGCAACAUAGCGCGUUACGCGGAGUUCCGUGCCGUUUCGAGAGUUGCCACGUUCAUGGAUGGGAAACUGACCCAGGUACCCUGCUCGAGGGCCGAUGUGUUCGCCAAUAAAACUGUAAGCGUCGUCGAGAAAAGGAUGCUGAUGCAGCUGCUCACUUCAUGCAUGGAACAGGGAGCUGACAGUCCGGAGUUCGAUGGCUUCCGCGACAAGACGUUCCUGGAGUAUUUGAAAACGAAGAACCUCACGCCGAUCGUGCAACACUACGUGGUCCAAGCGAUCGCCAUGGCCACGGAAAAGACUUCGUGCAGAGACGGUGUGAAUCGCACGAAGCAUUUCCUGAACAGCCUCGGUAGAUAUGGGAACACUCCGUUCCUGUGGCCUAUGUACGGCAGCGGCGAGCUGCCCCAGUGCUUUUGCAGAUUGUGCGCGGUGUUCGGAGGGGUCUACUGUUUGAAGCGUCAACUGGACGGCGUGGUAAUGAGCGAGAAUAAAUGCAAGGCCAUUAUCAGUGGUAAGCAGAAGAUCAGUUUGGAGCACCUAGUACUUGGACAGGGACACCUUCCAGCUGAGGUAGUCGCCUCCGAAGGCGAGCAACGGAUAUCCCGCGGAAUAUUCAUUACCGACAGGUCAAUUAUGCAAGGGGAGAAGGAGAAUUUAACGCUUUUAUAUUAUCCACCGGAGCAGCCGGAUCAAGAACCGGUCACCUUGAUCGAGCUGGGACCAUCGACCAACGCCUGUCCCCAAGGAUUAUUUAUGGUGCACAUGACUUGUAAACGUACGAAAGACGCGAAGGAGGACCUGGCCUACGUCGUAGAGAAAUUUCUCAAGGCUGAACCGUUGGACCCAAUGGCGGUUCGCGCUUCGAUCCACAGUCAUACUCAGACCGUUCCCAACGACAAGCAACACGUUCAGGAUGGAGAACAUGCCGCGAGAGACGAGACGGAGGAUAGUCCCAAGCCUCAGGUUCUGUGGUCUCUCUAUUUGAAUUUACCAGCAAGCGACAUUAAACUUGACGAUUCGACGGCCAAAAAUCUUCAUUUGUGUUCAGGACCGGAUCUGGAUCUUGACUUCGACUUCGCCGUGAACCAGGCGAAGAACAUUUUCAAGUCGAUGUACCCGGACGAAGACUUUCUGCCGCGAGCUCCGGACCCGGAGGAGAUUGUUCUGGAAGGUGAGGAAGCGCCGGGACCGAAGUUCGAAGGUGACACAGAGGCGGAGAAGCAGGACGUCGAGAAGGCUGAGAAGGAGGAUUAAACGAUGAACGCUUGCGGCCUCCCCUUAGCGCGCGCCUCCUCUUGUUCCUUCUCUUUCCCUCUGAAGAUUCUCAUUACGUAUCCACAGUUCUUAGUGGAACGAUCGACUGUUUCACGAGAGAGAGAGAGAGAGAGAGAGAGAGAGAGAAUACAGUGAUAUAAUUUUAUUCUACGAUCAGAUCGGUCGACGGCGAUACUCUUUUGCAGUACACGAAAGCUCGAUCUGUAUUUUUCUUCGCCGAUUACAGCGCGUCGAAAAUUCUGAAAAGAUUCUUCUGUAACUUGAGUAAUUUUUGCACGUUACUAUAGUCGACGAUUUGUUUAAACAGAAACGACGAAGUUCGAUAAUCCCUUGGUAGAUCGAUAUACUUUUACAAAUGUCUCCGUAUUUUUAUUCUCCUUUCUUCUGACGUAUAGAAGAUUAAAUCAUCCUUAAACAUUCUAGAAGAUCGCAUAUAAUCCCUGUAAUUUUUCCAUGCCUCUGUCAUCGAUGGAUGCGUUUCAAAAGAGAUUCAUCUUUCAGAGUAUUAUCCGCGACCGAUCUCCGACUACGUAAUAGAAUUUUUAGAACGCGACAUCGACUAGUUACAUGGCUUGGAAUUGAAAGAAAACGAAUGAAAGCCAGAGCACACGGGACAGUGACAAAAUCACGCAGACGCACGUUAUGUAUUUAAGGAAACGAAUGAACUACUUAACAGCUUCGAACCAGUGUA